CCGAGAGCGGAGGGCGCGACCCCGAGGAGCGGCGUCCCCCUCCCCCGCCCGGAGCCGGCGGGUGGCCGGGCUGCACUUGAAAGAAACGGCCUCCGCGGGCCGCCGCCUCCCGGGGCUCCCCAGGGCCUGGUACCGCCCCCAGCACCCCAAGUACAGCGGCUGCCAGCCCCGGGAGACAUCCCACCCCAGCCAAGGGCGGGUUCGCGGAGAAGAGACGAUGCUUAAGGCUACAAGGACAGCAGUCUCCUGGACCACCUGAAUUGCACUUGAACCUUGAGUUAUGACAUCAGGGGCGAAUAUGCUGGACCCCCAAAGUGAACUAGAGUUUUUUAACCAAGACAAUGUGGAGGAGAUCUCCCAACUCGCUGCCCUGGAGAUGUCAAGGGAGGUAAUAGCCAGGAAGAAAUCUUCAACCAUUGCCCCGGAAAAAGCUUACUAUCCAGACUCCGUGUACGUUAUGGCAGCGAACAUUUUUCAGGGUAUUCAAAUCGAAAAGCCGCCAGACAGAGUCAUAAUAAAGUACGGGAAUGAACCCCUGCCGUGCUGGUUCCAAUCUGAGGAUGAAUCUUUUCAGCGUUUGUCCUAUGAGCUGGCUUUCAGUACCCUGAAGUAUCAAGAUAUUUUGGAAACUAUAUUAAUAGACAGCUAUAUCUUCCCAAGCACCAAAAUACCAGAUCAGUUGAGCAGUCUUAUUAUUGUGAUGCUGUACGAUUUCCAAGAUAGAAAAUUUCAACCCCGUGUCCUUCCCGAUAAUGAAGAGUCCAUAUCAGAAGUUCAAGAAGUAGAGAGCCUUCUUAACAGUGGAGAAUCUGAAACAGCUUAUCUAUAUAGGGUCUGGUCUUACGUUUUUCAAGGAGAAGACUAUCCCCAGACAGCAAGAAAAUGUUCAGGAAUGUCUGGAACUGGGGCCGAUAGUGGCUUAGAAGCCACAUUGGGCUUUAAGACAAAAUUGGCUGCAGCCCUGGCGAGAUGUCGGAUCAAGCAUGACGCUCUCUCGAUUUACCAAAUCCUCCCGGAGACAGUUAGGAGACAGGAGCAGAGGGCCUCCACUCUGCCUCUCUAUGCUUGGAUAAACACUGGCAAAAUCAGCCCUGAAGAAGUUUAUAGUAGUUUGAGGAGAAAAGGUUAUAAUAAAGUCAAAUCCAUAUUGCAUGUCGAUGAGAAAGUGUUUGCUGUGGAUCAGCAUUGCUAUGAUGUCUUAAUUUUCCCAUCUCAUCUCAAAAAAGAUCUUGCAAACAUAGAUCUUUUCAAAGAUUAUAAACUCAUUUUUCAGGAUAAAUCUCGAAGUCUUGCUGUCCACUCUGUGAAAGCUUUAUUAAAUAUGGAUGAUGAUAUCUUAAUGGUCAACACAGGCUCAUGGUACACAGUUGCCCAUAUGUCAAUCUUAACAAGUAAUAAUACUUCAAAAAUAUUUGUAUGUGGGAUACAAUCACCAGAUAAGGAACCUGACGUGAAGAAACUUUUUACAAAAAUGGGAUGUCAAAAUAUUGAGAUCCUUCCUGAGACAUUUGUUGGCAUCGAAUCAAAGGACCAUAGGCUACAGAAUGUCAAGGUCAUUCUGCUGCUGCCUCGCUGUUCAGGACUGGGUGUUAGUAACCCAGUGGAAUUUAUUUUAAAUGAACAUGAAGAUACAAGUUUACUUCAAGAUCUUUCUCAAGGCGGUCCACCAAAAAGUAAACUUCAGAUUCUUGUUCAGCAGCAAUAUGAACAGCUAGCACAUGCAAUGAAAUUUACUAAAGUGCAGGCAGUUGUUUACUGCACAUGUUCUGUUUAUACAGAAGAAAACGAAGCUGUUGUUAUGAAGGCACUGGAAUGUCAAACCCAAGGGAUUAAAAUACAGCCUUACAGACUCAGUCCCCCCGUUCUUCCACUGUGCUCCCUAAAAGAAAUACAAUUGUCUAUGGACAAGUUUUUCAGAGUGGAACCAUCCGAUGUUACCAAUGGUUGUUUCCUUUCUAUUUUAACAAGAGAGCGAGAUCCCUCCGAGACAGUGUCUGUGAAGGAUGUUCUGGCCCGAGCUGCAGCUAAAGGUCUACUGGAUGGGGUUGACGUUGGGAAGUCAUUGAAACGGGAGAAGAGGAGGAAGAAAUCCAAAACAUCACUGCCCAAAGCUUCUGCUAAUGAUAACAAUGGCAUCCAAAUGAAAAUCACCGAGUUCCUGAAUCGAGAAGGUAAACUGAGUACUUUUCGAGGCGAGGUAUUAACAGUAAAAACACCUCUCCCACCAAAAACUGUGUCUCAAGUGGGCACUUCCUCCCAGGUUAGAAAACCUGGCAGGCCUGCCACCAACAAUACUUUAGUGACCACACUGAUGAAGACCACUUGUCCUCCCAGGCCAGAAGAACGGCCAACGAACUUGAGACGAACUCGGCCAGAAGGCAGAGUGAUUCCUCUGAAAUCUGUGGAGAUUGCAUUGCCUCCAGUGAUGUUCCCAAUCUCGAGUCCCCAGGGGGUCAGAGCUCAGAUCCCAGCCAACAAUUUUUACUACCGCUUGGUUGGAUCGAAGGCUGCUCUGCCUGGCUAUGUUCCCCCAUCACCACCCAGAAGAGGGGAGAAGUCUAAGGAAAGCACCCCCUCCUCCUUUCUCAAACACCCUAAGCCAUGGCUUUGACCGCGGCCCUUCUUCUUCCAGGGUGGCUGGGAGUUCCUUACAUUUAGACACUGUUACACAAGGUACUGGGGCCUUGGGUAGCUUAGUAUCUUCUAGUGCAAUUUUACCUCCAGAGAAUGAAGACAGAUGAGAACUACUAACGGAGGGGACUGAGUGAGCGAACGGAGGUCUCAUCAGCUCAGAGCUAAUCUGUUUUAGGAUGCCCAGUUUCUGGCUGGAUCAGCUGGUAGAACUUGGCUCACUCCAGGGAGUCUGAAGUGCGGACCAAGCAGCUGUCUUACUUGAAGGGAGCCGAGGAUACCUCCGGGCAGACUGCUCUGCAGACUUCCUUGAGGGGCUUGGGAGAAGUCCUCAGAUACAAAGAAUGCUGUCCCCUCCUGCCCGCUCCAGCUCCAGCCAGGAACCUGAACCCACUCCUUAGCCAGGCAGUUACUGUGUGUAGUUGAAGCCUCUUGAAUCCCAGUUGAGGCUAGCUUUUUCCUUUAGCAUAUCCCACUGUUCCUGAAACAGUGCAUGCCAGGAGGUUCUGUAAUGGACUGAGCUUUUUGAGUAGGAGGACAGGAAAUGUGUGCAGUCCAGCCGUCCAUACAAAAAAGAGGUUUCUGGAGAAUUUCCAGAAUCCCUCCUUCUGUUUAUGCCAAACAUUGUUGGAAAAAGGACAGCGAGCCAAUUUCUACCUAAUUAUUCUUGUUCUGAGAAAGAGGCCUAACUGUUGAACACAAGCAAUGUAUCAUUGAAAAAACUCCCAAGAUUUCUGAUUCUAUGCAAUGAUCAAGUGACAGAGCCGAAUGUAUAGGUCAUUUCGAUGGCACACGGUGACCAAACCUUGGUAACUCAUUUCUGACGCACAAUUAAAAUAUAUUGUAGCACUAUGUUAAUACAUUAAAUGUCAAUUACUUUUAGCUAUAUUAACAAUUGCCUACCAAUAUUGACAUGAUUAUCGUUUCUGGGUCUGGUUUUUUUUCAUCAUGGCAACAGAAAUUGUUUGACACUAAAUAAAGUUAUGACUAAAA